CCUUGUCCACGUCAUCCCUCCUUUAUAUCUCCCCCCACUCCCUCCUUCCUUCAUUAGCAACACCACUUCUCCAUCUCCAUUUCUUCUGUUUCUUCUUGAUCAACUUUCAGAAAAAAAAAAAAAAAAAAAAAAAAAAAAUUCCAAAGAUUCUGAUGAACCCUUUUACAUGGGUCCUCUGAAUUUCUGAUACAAAAUUGGGGAUUCGCUGUGUGUAUGAUUACGAGCUUGUUUUCCGUUACAAAUCCAGAGUUUCUUCCGGUGACCAUUCCAGAAAAAAAAUCUAAUCCUUUUUUUUUUUAAUUGAAAAAAUGGGAGCAAUUGGAAGUUGGGACAGGACAACAGUGGUGAGUGUGCUGACUGAAGGGAGAGAAAGGGCGAAUGAGCUGAAGAAUCAGCUUCACCCGGCCAUCUCUUCCAUAGAAGCGUGCGAUGUUUUACUGGAGAGCAUACUUUCCUCGUACGAGAAUGCACUCCACCUGCUCGACCAUAUGUCUCAACUAAAAAACAGCUGCCUUUCUUCCCAAAUCGUUACUGCCAAUUCAUUUGAUGCUAGCCCUAUCAGUGAAGGCUCUCACCAGAAUUCUAAAGAUCAUCAUCAAAUCCACAAAUCCAAGAAAAGAAAGACACUGCCAAAAUGGAGCGAGCACGUGCGUAUUUCAUCUGGGGCAGGGUUUGAAGGUCAAAUUGGAGAUGGCUACAAUUGGAGGAAAUAUGGCCAGAAAGUUAUUUUAGGGGCUAUUCAUCCAAGGGCUUAUUAUCGAUGUACGCAUCGCAAUACACAAGGAUGCUUGGCAACAAAACACGUGCAAAAAGCAGACGAAGACCCUUCGAUUUUCGAGGUUGUUUAUAGCGGCAAACACAGUUGCAUGCAAGAGAGAUCGAAACCGAAGAAAGAAAAUCCCAUUGUACUAAAGAAAGAAGAAGAACAAGAAGAAGCCAUUGAAAAAAGCCCCAAACCUCAAAAACAAGAAACGGGCACCAAAAACGACCGUCUCCCUUCCUUUUCCUUUCAUUCCACACCAAUCGAAUCGGAAAACUUCGAAACCCAGUUAUUCUCCGACCCCGGAAACUUUUCCGGAACCCCGUUUAUGUCUCCGGCGACAUCGGAGUCGUACUUCUCGAUGAACGAUUUUGGUGUUUGCUUGCAGAGCUCGGAAUCGGAUUUUACCGAGAUAAUUUCGAACCCUACCCCGUUUACGGAUUUCACGUUUGGAGACUUGGAUUUCUCGAUUGAUCAGGUGGAUUUCGAUUCACAUUUUCUCGACGCCCCUGAAUAUUUUUAAUAAUCUCCACAUCUCUACUGCUUCCAUUCUUUUACCACGAAAGCAAAUAUCGUGCCGGUAAAAAAAAAAAAAAAAAAAAAGAAAGAGAGGUACUUAUGUCGAUUGCAUGUACGUAUCGAUCCUAGCAGCAUCACAAGGAAUUUUCUAGGAUUUGUUCAUACCAAUAGGAGAUGCUGACCAAGAGAAUUUUCCUUAACUAGGCAGAAUUUUUUUUAGUACUCUGUAAUGUAAUCAGCUCUGUUUUUGUCAUAGUAACUUUAUUACAAGUGUAAUUGUCUGGUUUUA